AAGCGCUCUCCAGCAGUGUCAGUCUGGAGCUCGAAACAGCGUUGACAUUUAGCUUCCUACCAAAUGGCAAAUAAUAUUGCAACUGUUUUUGAAAGUCUGAAAGUCGAAAUAGAGUCCCCGUGUUGUUAGUGAUAUUGCUAAUAUUUUAGUGCACCUGUAAGGAAACGGGUGGUAGAAUUGAUUGCAAUAAUGUAUCCUGGGAAAGUUUGGGACAGGAGAGAAGGUGAAAAAAGUUACACACUGAACGCCCAGAAGUCUCCAUCAUCUUCAAGUUACGAUGUCAACAAAUACUGACCUUGCAGAGGGCAGAGCUCUGGCUAAGUAAGGACCUCUCCAUGUGGUGUCCUCACACAGCCUCUCCAGCAUGACAGCCUCAGGAUAGCUGGUCUUAUUAUAUGGCAAGUAGUCCAAGAACGAGUGUUGCAAGAGACCCGAGCAGAAGCUGAAUAGCUUCUUCUUUAUUACCCAACUCUGAGAAUCUGAGAACACCACUUCUACCACAUUUUAUUGGUUAAGCAAGUCACUAAGGCCAGCCCAUAUCCAAGCCGCAUAGAGGGGAGACGGUAGUUCCAGGAUGCAUCAACCUUGACAAUCAACAACUUCCACCCCAGUGCUACUGCUGCAACUCCUCUUCAUGGUAUUCCCCAACACCGAGCCUCCUUCUCACUAGAAGAAGCCUUCUUUAACACCUGCUCAGAGUGUCAGAGUACAAAUUUAGAAACCUAUAGAGAGCCAGAGGGUCAUCAUUUCACGAACUGAUUUGUUACAAAUUUCUCAAGUGAAACUACGUUCCCUGGAAGACCUCUUGACAUAAACAAUACAAAGGAUGUCAAACUUGGGACAAUUUGACUCUGAUUUUUACCAAUCUAAUUAUACUAUUGAUAAUCAGGACCAGAGUUCUGAAGAUUCUAAUGCCUGUGGAAAUCUUUAUGGAUCUAGACAACAGCAAGCCAGUGAGCAACCCCAGGCUGCCUUUGUCCCACAAGAGAUGCUCAUGUCAUCGGGUUACGAGGGACAAUUUUUUCAGCCAGCAUCCAACCCGGAUUAUUAUUCACAAUCUUCUUACAUUGACAGUUUUGAUGAAGAGCCUCCUUUGCUAGAAGAACUUGGAAUUAAUUUUAAUCACAUAUGGCAAAAAACCUUGACCGUGUUAAACCCACUGAAGCCAGCAGAUGGCAGCAUUAUGAAUGAAACGGACCUCACUGGGCCCAUCCUGUUUUGUGUCACUCUGGGAGCCACCUUGCUUCUGGCAGGAAAAGUUCAGUUUGGUUAUGUGUAUGGCAUGAGUGCCAUAGGUUGCCUAGGGAUUCACACCUUACUGAACUUGAUGAGCUCUUCAGGGGCGUCUUACGGCUGCGUGGCAAGUGUACUGGGUUACUGCCUGCUCCCCAUGGUCAUCCUGUCCAGCUGCUCUAUCUUCUUUUCACUGCAGGGCACCUUUGGAACUGUGUUGGCACUGGUCAUCGUUGGCUGGUGUAGUCUCUCAGCUUCCAAAAUCUUCAUUUCAGCCUUGAACAUGGAAGGACAGCAGCUUCUCAUUGCCUACCCUUGUGCCUUAUUUUAUGGACUUUUUGCCCUCCUCACAGUUUUCUGAGGAGUAUUUGAGAUGAUGUUUCAAGAUUCUAUUUGUUUCCUGUUCACAUUAUCCUGGAAAUGUGUUAGCAUUCAUAUUUGGUGAUGCGAUUUCUGCUUUAUUACUAUUGAGAGAAUAAUAAGCAAAGUGACAAAACAGCACUUAAGGAUGGUGCUCUAAUAACUUGUUUGGUUUGAAUGAUGUUUUUGCUUUUUGCUUUGAUACAUUAAAACAUUUUAAAAUACUUUAAAAUAAAAGGGGAUAUUGUUGUUAUGGAUGGA